AUGCUUUUCACCUGGUCUACGAAGAAUCUAUGCAUAGUCUUCCCCGAAUGGCGCAUCACCGGCACCGGCUCCCUGAUCGCAUCUCUUCUCGUGAUUAUCCUCCUCACCGCGGCCUACGAAGGGAUUCGCAGCUUUACACGUACCUACGAGGCAAAACAUGCACAGCGUCUCAGAGCAUACACCACCCCUUCAUUAACUGACAACGAGAAUAUUCAAGAAUCGACCGUAGAUGUCGGAACGGGCCAUUCCAGAGGUAUUGCGAAUAUCACCAGCUCACUGCUUGUAGGCAGAGACAGCAAGCAAGCGUUGGAGCAACGGGGUAGAAUUGUCAUGGCCUUGUUGUAUGCGGUGCAAGUCUUUUAUAGUUUUUUUAUUAUGCUUCUUUUCAUGACGUACAAUGGCUGGAUUAUGAUCGCUGUAGCUGCCGGUGCCUUUGUUGGAUAUUUGGUUUUCGGAGGCGGCGCGCCUGCGACGAAGUCUGCGGCUUGUCAUUGA